AUGAGCUCUGACGCAGAAAUGGCCAUUUUUGGAGAAGCAGCUCCCUACCUCCGGAAACCAGAGAAGGAGAGAAUCGAGGCUCAAAAUCGUCCGUUCGAUUCCAAGAAAGCCUGCUUUGUAGCGGAUGAUAAGGAAAUGUAUGUGAAAGGCAUGAUCCAGACUAGGGAAAAUGACAAAGUCAUAGUCAAGACCCUCGAUGACCGGACGCUCACUCUGAACAAUGACCAGGUCUUCCCCAUGAACCCUCCCAAAUUUGACAAGAUCGAGGACAUGGCCAUGAUGACUCACCUGCAUGAACCUGCUGUUCUGUACAACCUCAAAGAGCGCUAUGCAGCCUGGAUGAUCUACACCUACUCAGGCCUCUUCUGUGUCACCGUCAACCCCUACAAGUGGCUGCCGGUGUACAAGCCCGAGGUGGUGGCUGCCUACAGAGGCAAAAAGCGCCAGGAGGCCCCGCCCCACAUCUUCUCCAUCUCUGACAAUGCCUAUCAGUUCAUGCUGACUGAUCGAGACAACCAGUCUAUCCUCAUCACCGGAGAAUCCGGGGCUGGGAAGACUGUGAACACCAAGCGUGUCAUCCAGUAUUUUGCAACAAUUGCAGUUACUGGGGACAAGAAGAAGGAGACACAGCUAGGCAAAAUGCAGGGAACGCUAGAGGAUCAGAUCAUCCAGGCCAACCCACUGCUGGAGGCCUUUGGAAAUGCCAAGACUGUGAGGAAUGACAACUCCUCAAGAUUUGGGAAGUUCAUUCGGAUUCAUUUUGGAGCCACAGGGAAGCUGGCAUCGGCAGACAUCGAAACUUAUCUGUUAGAAAAAUCCAGAGUGACGUUUCAAUUAUCCAGUGAGAGAAGCUAUCAUAUUUUCUACCAAAUUAUGUCAAACAAGAAGCCAGAACUAAUUGACCUGCUUCUGAUCUCCACCAACCCCUUCGACUUCCCCUUCGUGAGCCAAGGAGAGGUCACGGUGGCCAGUAUCGAUGACAGUGAAGAACUGCUGGCGACAGAUAAUGCCAUUGACAUCCUGGGCUUCAGCUCAGAGGAGAAAGUCGGGAUCUACAAACUGACGGGAGCCGUGAUGCAUUACGGGAACAUGAAGUUCAAGCAGAAGCAGCGUGAGGAGCAGGCGGAGCCAGACGGCACCGAAGUGGCUGACAAAGCCGGAUACCUGAUGGGACUGAAUUCUGCAGAAAUGCUGAAGGGCCUGUGCUGUCCAAGGGUGAAGGUUGGCAAUGAAUAUGUCACUAAAGGGCAAAAUGUCCAGCAGGUGACCAAUUCGGUGGGUGCUCUGGCCAAAGCCGUCUACGAGAAGAUGUUCCUGUGGAUGGUCACCCGCAUCAACCAGCAGCUGGACACCAAGCAGCCCAGGCAGUACUUCAUCGGGGUCUUGGACAUUGCUGGCUUUGAGAUCUUUGAUUUCAACAGCCUGGAGCAGCUGUGCAUCAACUUCACCAAUGAGAAACUGCAACAGUUUUUCAACCACCACAUGUUCGUGCUGGAGCAGGAAGAGUACAAGAAGGAAGGCAUCGAGUGGGAGUUCAUUGACUUCGGAAUGGACCUGGCUGCCUGCAUCGAGCUCAUCGAGAAGCCUAUGGGCAUCUUCUCCAUCCUGGAAGAGGAGUGCAUGUUCCCCAAGGCAACAGACACCUCCUUCAAGAACAAGCUGUAUGACCAGCAUCUUGGAAAAUCCAACAACUUCCAGAAGCCCAAGCCUGCCAAAGGCAAGCCUGAGGCUCACUUCUCACUGGUGCACUAUGCCGGCACCGUGGACUACAACAUUGCCGGCUGGCUGGACAAGAACAAGGACCCCCUGAACGAGACUGUGGUGGGGCUGUACCAGAAGUCUUCGCUGAAGCUUCUCUCCUUCCUUUUUUCCAACUAUGCUGGUGCAGAGACAGGCGACUCCGGAGGAAGCAAGAAGGGCGGGAAGAAGAAGGGCUCCUCUUUCCAGACUGUGUCGGCCGUGUUCAGGGAAAAUUUAAACAAAUUGAUGACUAACUUAAGGAGCACCCACCCUCACUUUGUACGAUGUCUGAUUCCCAAUGAGACCAAGACUCCUGGUGUGAUGGACCAUUACCUGGUCAUGCACCAGCUGCGCUGUAACGGGGUCCUCGAGGGCAUCCGGAUUUGCAGGAAGGGAUUCCCCAGCCGGAUCCUCUAUGCUGACUUCAAGCAGCGGUACCGGAUCCUCAAUGCCAGUGCUAUCCCUGAAGGGCAGUUCAUUGACAGCAAAAAUGCCUCAGAGAAGCUCCUCAACUCCAUCGAUGUGGACCGGGAGCAGUUCAGGUUCGGCAACACCAAGGUGUUUUUCAAAGCUGGGCUCCUGGGACUUUUGGAGGAGAUGAGAGACGAGAAGCUGGUGACGCUGAUGACACGCACGCAGGCGGUGUGCAGGGGGUACCUGAUGCGGGUGGAGUUCAAGAAGAUGAUGGAGAGGAGGGACUCCAUCUUCUGCAUCCAGUACAACAUCCGCUCUUUUAUGAACGUCAAGCACUGGCCCUGGAUGAACCUGUUCUUCAAAAUCAAGCCCCUGCUGAAGAGUGCAGAGGCCGAGAAGGAGAUGGCCACCAUGAAGGAAGACUUUGAGAGGACCAAGGAAGAACUGGCCCGAUCCGAGGCUCGCCGGAAGGAGCUGGAGGAGAAAAUGGUCUCCCUCCUGCAGGAGAAGAAUGACCUCCAAUUGCAGGUCCAGUCUGAAACAGAAAAUCUGAUGGACGCUGAGGAACGAUGUGAAGGACUCAUCAAAAGCAAGAUCCUACUGGAAGCAAAAGUCAAGGAGCUGACGGAGAGAUUGGAAGAGGAAGAGGAGAUGAAUUCUGAAUUGGUUGCCAAGAAGAGGAAUCUGGAAGAUAAAUGCUCCUCUCUCAAGAGAGACAUUGAUGACCUGGAGCUGACCUUGACGAAAGUUGAAAAGGAGAAGCAUGCCACAGAGAACAAGGUAAAGAAUCUUUCCGAAGAAAUGACAGCACUUGAAGAAAACAUUUCCAAAUUGACCAAAGAAAAGAAAUCUCUACAGGAGGCCCAUCAGCAAACACUGGAUGAUCUUCAGGUUGAAGAAGAUAAAGUCAAUGGUCUAAUCAAAAUAAAUGCCAAGCUUGAACAGCAAACAGAUGAUCUUGAGGGUUCCUUAGAGCAGGAGAAGAAACUGCGGGCGGACUUGGAAAGGGCGAAGAGGAAGCUGGAAGGAGAUCUGAAAAUGUCCCAGGAAUCCAUUAUGGAUCUAGAAAAUGACAAGCAGCAAAUAGAAGAGAAAUUGAAAAAGAAGGAGUUUGAACUCAGUCAGUUACAAGCCAAAAUAGAUGACGAACAAGUCCACAGUUUGCAGUUUCAAAAGAAGAUUAAAGAACUGCAAGCCCGCAUAGAAGAGCUGGAGGAGGAAAUUGAAGCGGAACACACGCUCAGAGCCAAGAUUGAGAAGCAGCGCUCAGAUCUGGCCAGGGAACUGGAGGAGAUCAGCGAGAGGCUGGAAGAAGCCAGUGGGGCCACUUCAGCCCAGAUUGAGAUGAACAAGAAGCGGGAGGCUGAGUUCCAGAAAAUGCGCAGGGACCUGGAGGAGGCCACCCUGCAGCAUGAAGCCACAGCAGCUACCCUGAGGAAGAAGCAAGCAGAUAGUGUGGCCGAGCUUGGGGAGCAGAUUGACAACCUGCAGCGGGUGAAGCAGAAGCUGGAGAAGGAGAAGAGCGAGCUGAAGAUGGAGAUCGACGACAUGGCCAGCAACAUCGAGGCUCUCUCCAAGUCAAAGAGUAACAUAGAAAGAACGUGCCGGACGGUAGAAGAUCAAUUUAGUGAAAUCAAAGCCAAGGACGAGCAACAGACACAGUUGAUCCAUGAUCUGAACAUGCAGAAAGCAAGACUGCAGACCCAAAAUGGGGAGCUGAGCCACCGAGUGGAAGAGAAGGAGUCUCUGAUUUCACAGCUGACCAAAAGCAAGCAGGCCCUCACCCAGCAGCUGGAGGAGCUUAAGAGGCAAAUGGAAGAAGAAACCAAGGCCAAGAACGCCAUGGCGCACGCCCUGCAGUCCUCCCGCCACGACUGUGACCUGCUGCGGGAACAGUAUGAGGAGGAGCAGGAAGCCAAGGCCGAGCUGCAGAGGGCGCUGUCCAAGGCCAACAGUGAGGUUGCCCAGUGGAGGACGAAAUACGAGACGGACGCCAUCCAGCGCACAGAGGAGCUAGAGGAGGCCAAGAGAAAACUGGCCCAGAGGCUCCAGGAAGCAGAGGAGAACACAGAGACGGCGAACUCCAAGUGCGCAUCGUUGGAGAAAACCAAGCAGAGGCUGCAGGGAGAGGUGGACGAUCUGAUGCGGGAUCUGGAGCGCUCCCACACCGCCUGUGCCACACUGGACAAGAAGCAGAGGAACUUCGACAAGGUCCUUGCAGAGUGGAAGCAAAAGCUGGACGAAAGCCAGGCUGAGUUGGAAGCUGCUCAGAAGGAGUCCAGGUCACUCAGCACUGAACUCUUCAAGAUGAGGAAUGCCUAUGAGGAGGUGGUGGACCAGUUAGAGACACUGAGGCGGGAGAACAAAAAUCUGCAAGAAGAGAUUUCCGACUUAACUGAGCAGAUUGCAGAAACUGGCAAGAAUCUUCAGGAAGCGGAAAAGACCAAGAAGCUAGUGGAGCAGGAAAAGUCAGAUCUGCAGGUCGCCUUAGAAGAAGUGGAGGGUUCCUUGGAACACGAGGAGAGCAAGAUCUUGCGCGUGCAGCUAGAGCUGAGCCAGGUGAAAUCCGAGCUAGACCGCAAGGUCAUUGAGAAGGAUGAAGAAAUCGAGCAGCUAAAAAGAAACAGCCAGCGGGCAGCAGAGGCCCUGCAGAGCGUGCUGGAUGCUGAAAUCCGCAGCCGGAACGACGCCCUGAGGCUAAAGAAGAAGAUGGAGGGAGACCUCAAUGAGAUGGAGAUUCAGCUGGGCCACUCCAACCGCCAGAUGGCAGAGACCCAGAAGCACCUGCGCACGGUCCAGGGCCAGCUCAAGGUGAGCACGGUGGCUGCCUCUGCGUACCUGGACGGGCCCCAGCCUGCCAAGCGGCUCUGGCCUCACUCUGGGUCUCCCCUGCAGGACUCCCAGCUGCACCUCGAUGACGCCCUGAGGAGCAAUGAGGACCUCAAGGAGCAGCUGGCCAUCGUGGAGCGCAGGAAUGGCCUCCUGCUGGAGGAGCUGGAGGAAAUGAAGGUGGCCCUGGAACAGACGGAGCGGACCCGCAGGCUGUCAGAGCAGGAGCUGCUGGACGCCAGCGACCGCGUGCAGCUCCUGCACUCCCAGAAUACAAGCCUGAUAAAUACCAAGAAAAAACUGGAGGCUGACAUAGCUCAGUGCCAGGCAGAGGUGGAGAACUCGAUCCAGGAGUCCAGGAACGCAGAGGAGAAGGCCAAGAAGGCCAUCACGGAUGCUGCCAUGAUGGCUGAGGAGCUAAAGAAGGAACAGGACACCAGCGCCCACCUGGAGCGGAUGAAGAAGAACCUGGAGCAGACGGUGAAGGACCUGCAGCACCGUCUAGAUGAGGCUGAACAACUGGCGCUGAAGGGCGGGAAGAAGCAGAUCCAGAAACUGGAGAACCGGGUGCGGGAGCUGGAAAAUGAGCUUGAUGUGGAACAGAAGAGGGGAGCUGAAGCCCUGAAGGGAGCCCACAAGUACGAACGCAAAGUCAAGGAGAUGACUUACCAGGCUGAGGAGGACCGCAAGAAUAUCCUCAGGCUCCAGGACCUGGUGGACAAGCUGCAGGCCAAAGUGAAGUCUUACAAGAGGCAGGCUGAGGAGGCGGAGGAGCAGGCCAACACGCAGCUAUCCAGAUGCCGGAGAGUCCAGCAUGAGCUAGAGGAGGCCGCGGAGAGGGCGGACAUCGCUGAGUCCCAGGUCAACAAGUUGAGGGCCAAGAGCCGAGACGUGGGCAGCCAGGUAAGAGCAGGUACCUGAGAUACAGGGGCCAGCUAAGAACAGAUAUUGAA